AUGCAGUGGCAGGCGUGUGGAGACCCAUGGGCUGCAGGUGGGACAGGUGACGGCUGUCCACGCCUCCCGCCCUCCUGGGUCCUUCUGGCUUGCGGCUGCCGGGCUGGGAAAGACCCCUCCCUGGAGGACCCGGUGAGCGACUGCACUCACCUCCAGAGCCGGCCAUCAAUGCCCUGUGACUCCCUGCAGAGUCACCUGUGUCCGGCUCUGCGCACUGCCAGUUGGACCAAUCCACCUGAGGAGAAGCGUGAGUGCAUCUGCAUCCACGUUGGCCAAGCUGGUGUCCAGAUCGGCAAUGCCUGCUGGGAGCUCUACUGCCUGGAACAUGGCAUCCAGCCCGAUGGCCAGAUGCUAAGUGACAGCACCACUGCGGGUGGAGAUGACUCCUUCAGCACUUUCUUUAGUGAGACGAGUGCCGGGAAACAUGUGCCCAGGACAACGUUUGUGGACCUAGAACCCACGGUCAUUGGUUUGUGGACCACGGGAUUUGCCGGGGUGCUGGGUCUUGAGUGUGGCCUGAGGGCUCUAUUGACCCCCCCAGGCCUGAGCAGGCCCCUGCAGGUUUUUAGUAAUGGGCCGUGGGUCUGUCCUCUUCCAGAUGAAGUGCGCACUGGUACCUACCGCCAACUCUUCCACCCCGAGCAGCUCAUCACAGGCAAGGAAGAUGCUGCCAAUAACUAUGCCCGCGGGCACUAUACCGUUGGUAGGGAGAUCAUUGACCUGGUCUCGGAGCGGGUCAGGAAACUGGUAUCAGCCAUUGAAACUUGGAAGUUUCGAGGUGCAGUUGCAGAGAAGCAGCUGCUGGGCUUUUAUCAAGGCAGUGAGCUGGCUCUCUGGCAGAAAGUCUCAGGCAACUUCUUUCACAUCAGGAUGUCUCCUGCAGCUUUCAUCAGAAGUCUCAACUCUACUUUUCUUUCACAGACUGAGCAGUGCAAAAAUCUGCAGGGCUUCCUGGUUUUUCGCAGCUUUGGCGGGGGCACCGGCUCUGGGUUCACCUCCCUGCUGAUGGAGCGUCUCUCUGUCGAAUAUGGCAAGAAAUCCAAGCUGGAGUUCUCAAUCUACCCAGCCCCUCGCUUGUCCUCAGCAGUUGUAGAGCCCUACAACUCCAUCCUCACCACCCACACCACCAUGGAGCACUGCGAUUGUGCUUUCCUGGUGGACAACGAGGCUAUCUAUGACAUCUGUUGUAGAAAUCUCGAUAUCCCGCGCCCCUCCUUCCCUCAUCUGAACCGCCUUGUUAGCCAGGUUGUGUCUUCCAUCACCGCUUCCCUCAGAUUUGAUGGAGCCCUGAAUGUUGAUCUGACAGAAUUCCAGACCAACCUGGUGCCCUAUCCCCGCAUCCACUUCCCUCUGACCGCGUAUGCCCCUGUCAUCUCUGCGGAGAAAGCCUACCACGAGCAGUUUUCCAUAGCAGAGAUGACCAAUGCCUGCUUUGAGCCAGCCAACCAGAUGGUGAAAUGUGACCCUCGCCACGGUAAAUACAUGGCUUGCUGCCUGUUGUACCGUGGCGACGUGGUCCCCAAAGACGUCAAUGCCGCCAUUGCCACCAUCAAGGCCAAGCGCAGCAUCCAUUUUGUGGACUGGUGUCCCACUGGCUUCAAGGUUGGCAUUAAUUACCAGCCUCCCACCGUGGUGCCUGGUGGAGACCUGGCCAAGGUACAGCGGGCUGCGUGCCUGCUGAGCAACACCACAGCCAUCGCUGAGGCCUGGGGGCGCCUGAACCACAAGUUUGAUCUGAUGUACGCCAAGCGUGCCUUUGUUCACUGGUAUGUGGGUGAGGGGAUGGAGGAAGGGGAGUUUUCUGAGGCCCGGGAGGACUUGGCUGCCCUCGAGAAGGAUUAUGAGGAGGUUGGAAGAGAUACUGCUGAGGGAGAAGAGGAGGAUGAAGAGUAUUAA